GUGAGUUUGCAGUCCAAUAUCAGAAAGACAUUGAGAAAGUAAAAGAAAAUGUACUUAAAGCACAGCAUCAAAUGAUUGAACAGGCAAAUAAACACAGACGACCGUCCCAAUUUGCUGUAGGAGAUUUGGUUUGGGUGAAGUCUAAAGAGUUUGCUCCUGAAGAAAGCAUCUCUCAGAAGCUUUUACCCGCCUACAGAGGACCUUGGCAGGUUUUAGACGUAAUUGGAGAUGUGGAUGGUCCUUCGUAUGUCAUUGAGAUUCCUCCUCAUCUACGUACAUAUCCAGUGUUUCAUGCAUCCAAGCUCUUACCUUGUGUAACGAAUGAACUCUUCCAAAGUCGCCGAUCAGCGAUACCUCCAAGUAUGGAUGGGAAGUAUGACGUGGAUAAAAUUGUUGUGGAAAGUACUUACCACACUGGACGUAGAGGCAGACCACAACGACAGUAUAAAGAAACUGUAUCACCUGUCCCGAAUGUGGUAACCCUGGAAGGGCGAAGUGCAGAUGAUAUACAGCGGUGGAGGGAACUAGGUCUCAGAGCAAUUGCAUCAGGAGAACUUGCUGUGCUUCUUCUUGCGGGAGGACAAGGCACACGACUGGGGAGCUCUCAACCCAAAGGCUGCUAUGAUAUUGGGUUGCCCUCCAGAAAAUGCCUCUUUCAUCUGCAGGCGGAGAGGAUUUCGCGAGUGCAGAAAAUGGCAGCAAACAUUUCUGGCCAAGGACAAACAAAGAUACCGUGGUUUAUCAUGACAAGUGAAUUCACUCAUACGGCGACGGUAUCCUAUUUCCAGCGUCAUGGAUAUUUUGGUCUGGAUCCCAGCCAGGUUCUAUUCUUCUUGCAAGGAAAGCUUCCCUGCCUGGAUGAGAAUGGAAAGAUCAUCUUGGAGAAGCCCUACAAGAUUGCAAGGGCUCCUGAUGGCAAUGGUGGGUUAUAUACAGCACUGAAGACCUCUGGUAGCCUUUCGGAAAUGGAGAGGCGAGGAGUCAGAUAUGUGGAUGGCUAUUGUGUGGACAACGCACUUGUUCGAGUCGCUGAUCCGGUAUAUCUUGGACUGUCCAUCGAGAGGGGGGCUGUUUGUGCAAGCAAGGUUGUAAGGAAGGCACAUCCUGAGGAGAGAGUUGGAGUAUUUGCGCAAAGGGGCGUUGGCGGCCCCACUGUGGUCGUCGAGUACAGCGAGCUGGACAAGUCCCUGGCACAUGCUGUCGAUCCACAAACAGGAAGGCUUCUAUUUAACUGGAGCAAUAUUUGUAUACAUCUGUACUCUCUGGAUUUCUUGAAGAGAGUGGUAACCAUAUUUGAAGAACAUGCCAAGUAUCAUGUGGCGAAGAAGGCAAUUCCAUGCGUUGAUGGAACUGUUUUUGGAGUUAAGUUGGAGCGAUUUAUCUUCGACGCUUUCGUCUAUGCACCAUGCUUGACACUCAUGGAGGUGGAACGAGAAGAGGAGUUCGCCGCUGUGAAGAAUCCUGCGGGAUCACCCACAGAAUCACCAGAAAUUGCAUGCAGGAAGUUGUUGAAGAUGCACGGGAAGUGGGUGAUUGCAGCCGGUGGCAGAUUAGAAUGGGGAAAGCAAGAGAAUGGUGACCACAAAGGUAGUGAAACAGGUUGGGGCGUUGAGCUGGACCCACUUCUUUCGCAUGCUGGAGAAGAUCUGGAGAUGAUCUGCAAAGGCAAAGUGUUUGAGCACCUUUCUCAAGUGAAUGGCCGUUCGGGAUAGGAAUGCGUUAACGAGGAGGUCUCCAUCCGUAUGCCACAUCACACUAUGCCAUGCCAUGCCAGUUGGUACCCCCCCAUGAACUGCUGAAAUACAGACCCAAGUUUGAAUCCAGAUGCAAUCAUAAGUCUGAGUUAGCUGAGGCCGGUCGGUUCAACGAUGAUAUCUCAAGGCCAUUGCCUUUUGAAAAGAAAAACAAAAGAGAGAGAAAAAGACACAGCCACCCAACUUUUGAAGACACAUUUCUAUGGUGCAGGCAGGAAAUUGCCAUGGCUCGAGAGAGGGGUAGCAUGGCAAAGAGAUAACCUGAUCCAUGAUACUGAAUGGCAAAGCGCACCGCAC